AUGCUUGCCGUGACAAGAUUGCCAACAAAGCCCUUUCUCGAUCAAAAGCCGGGAACAUCCGGGCUGCGCAAGAAGGUGAAGGUGUUCCAGCAAGAAAACUACCUCUCAAACUUUGUCCAGAGCACCUUUAAUGCCAUAAAGAAGCAGGGUACGACGCCCGAUACCCUGGUCCUUGGCGGUGACGGACGCUACUUUCUCGCUGAGGCUAUUCAAACCAUCAUUAAAUUGGCCGCCGCCAAUGGGGUAUCAAAUAUUUGGGUGGGAAAAGACGGCCUCCUUUCGACCCCCGCCGUGUCAAACAUCAUCCGUCAAAGAAGGGACGGUAAUAUCAGGGCGAAGGGAGCCUUUAUCCUCACGGCAAGCCAUAACCCCGGUGGCCCUGAGGAGGAUUUUGGUAUCAAGUACAACACGGAAAAUGGAGGACCUGCAGCUGACAAACUCACAUCUGCCAUUUACGAAGAAACUCUGAAAGUUGAUCAUGUACUUAUCUGUCCUCAUCUUGGCCCAGUAAAUGUGUCAGAAAUGGGUGACCACGUUUUCGACACGUUGAAAGUCUCGGUCAUCAGUAGCACGGAGGAUUAUGUACAGUACAUGCAGAAAAUCUUUGAUUUUCAAAGCAUCCGAAAGCUGCUGCAUCGACCCGAUUUUAAGAUUCGCUUGGACGCCUUAAAUGGUAUUGGGGGUCCAUAUCUGAGGGAAAUUUUUGUCUCCUCCUUGGGGCUUCCAGAAGGUGUUUUGCAUGGGGCUACACCGUUGCCUGACUUUGGUAAGCACCACCCGGACCCAAACCUCACCUACGCGAAGGAGCUUGUGGAAGCUGUGGGAGUGGAUUCAACUGGUACACCUCUUGCCGGCGUCGUUGGCGAGGUACCAAACUUUGCGGCGGCCUUUGACGGCGAUGCGGAUCGCAAUAUGAUCCUCGGCGAUCGCUUUUUUGUCACCCCGUCCGAUUCUCUGGCGAUUCUUGCCGCAAAUGCCAAUGUUGUGCCAUUUUUUGCCCAACAAGGCGGCGUUAAAGCGGUGGCGAGAUCUAUGCCAACAAGCGGAGCCGUCGACCGUGUUGCGGAAGCGCAGCACUUCAAACUCUUUGAAGUUCCUACGGGUUGGAAGUUUUUCGGAAAUCUGAUGGACAGCCAAGAGUUAUUUGGAGGUGAAAACUAUAAUCCCCUCAUUUGUGGGGAGGAAAGCUUUGGCACCGGCAGCAACCAUAUGCGUGAGAAGGAUGGUGUGUGGGCGGCGCUGUUUUGGCUUUCGGUUAUUGCGAGCAAAAACGUGGAUCAAGCAAAGCCUCUUGUAGGGGUAAAGGAGAUUGCUGAGGCCCACUGGACGGAGUAUGGGCGGAACUACUACUGUCGGUACGACUACGAAGGCGUGACGGAGGAGUCUGCCAGGGCUGUGAUGGAAACGGUGCAGAGGCAGCACCCCGAGGAUAUUCCAGCCUUGCAAGGAAAGCGCUGCGUCAAGAUUGACAACUUUGAGUACCACGACCCUGUCGACGGUUUGGUUUCCAAGAAUCAGGGCAUUCGUGUGCUCUUUGAGUGUGGUUCUCGCUUCGUGCUUCGCUUAAGCGGAACGGGCUCGUCGGGCGCCACCAUUCGCCUAUACCUGGAGCAGUACAUGGAGCCCCAGGCGGUGGUGCGGCACAUCCGUGACGGCACCUUACCGACUGCUCGGUCUGCGUUGGCUGAGCUCAUCGCCCUCGCCCUUAAGGUCGCGCAGAUUUCAAGUCUUACAGGGCGUGACGCCCCCACAGUCAUCACGUAG